AUGGAAGAAGCCACUGUGGAUUGCUUAAUUAAUGAGGAAACUAGAACAUGGAAUGCUACAAUGAUAGAUGGAAUUUUUGCACCUCAAGAAGCUGAAGAAAUCAAGAAUAUCCCGCUGGCAAGAAAAGACACGGAGGAUUCUAUGUAUUGGCCGUGGGAGCAAGACGGGAGGUAUAGUUGUAAAACUGGCUACCGGUUCUUGAAAGAAGACGAAGUUGGAUUCCAGGUGGAUGAGACUCAAGACCAUGAGAUAGGGCUAUGGAAGAAGAUUUGGGCCCUUGAAUGCCCAAAUAAAGUUAAAAAUCUAAUUUGGAGGGCUUGCCGUAACUCCCUCCCGUCGAAAUGUAAUCUUUUCCGACGAACAAUUAUUUCGGAGCAAUGCUGUGAUCGAUGUAAGGAAGAAGCAGAAGAUGCUCUGCACGCAGUUUGGACUUGUAACAUGCUGGAUGAAGUUUGGGGAGCAAAUGCUAUAUGGAGUUUCCGGAGCCAACAAAGCUUUUCAAGCUUUAGUGAGCUCAUGGCCUGGGUUUUUGAUCAUCAAAGGAAUCCGGUGUUGUUUGCUUUCACUACUUGGUCCAUAUGGCACCAAAGGAAUCAGGUACGGCUUCAACAAAAUCACCGUCCACUUACUCAAAUCUCACAGUGGGCUCAUGACAGAUUUGUUGAGUUCAAAGCCUUGAAAACUGCAACUCUUUCCAGCAGACUUGUGAGAAGGGCACGGUGGAAGCCUCCUGAUAAGGAAACUUUUAAAAUCAACUUUGAUGGUGCAAUUUUUGCUGAGGACAAAAGCUCUGGUUUGGGAGUAAUCAUACGUGACAGUAAGGGGCUGGUUAUGGCUUCCAUGGCUGACCGGAUUCCACAACAGCUCCAACCAGUGGAAAUUGAAGCCUUGGCUGCCAACAGAGCCCUUGUGUUUGCAAGAGAGUUGAACAUUAAAGAAGCCGUUCUUGAGGGAGACUCUCUUCAGGUGAUGAAGGCGCUGAGCUUCAAGAAUACUGGCCUAGCACCAUUCGGUUUACUGCUACAGGACUCUUUGGAUUUAUCUGCUGGGUUUUCAAAAUUGGCCUACUCUCAUACUAAGAGAGAGGGCAACACAGUUGCACACAAUUUGGCUCAAUUGGCUGUUAAUUUUUCAAAUUGUGUAAUUUGGAUGGAAGAUGUUCCAUGUGAUGUAAUGACUUCUUACCAUGCUGAUUUAGCUGGUAUUUCUUAA